GGGCAGUGUUGCAAGCAAACAACCAGAAUGGAGCAGCAGCACGGAAGUAGCCAAAACCUCUCCAUUUAGAACUGAUCUUUUCUCAAAUAAAAUGACGGAUUUUAAUGAUACUUUAUAUCGUUACUCUGGUAUGCAGAAUCUAGGAUAAUUUACAUGCUAAAAGUGGAAUACGUGGUGGUCAAAAAAGAAUUGCUUACAUAUGCGGAUAUAAACAUAGCAUUAGCUUAGCUUCGUUAGCAGCGUUAAAACCUGUCAACUUUUUGUACAUUAUUCUUUUUAUUUGAAUUUACGUCAAACAAGCAGCAGCAGAAUGCAUCGGAGGGGCGUCGGUGCGGGCGCUAUUGCCAAAAAGAAGUUAGCAGAGGCAAAAUAUAAAGAAAGAGGAAAUGUCCUGGCAGAGGAUCAACUAAUUCAGAUGUCCAAGCAGCUGGACACCUUCAAGUCCAACCUGGAGGAGUUUGCCAGCAAACACAAACAGGAAAUCCGCAAGAAUUCUCAGUUUAGGGUCCAGUUUCAGGAGAUGUGCGCCACCAUCGGAGUCGACCCGCUUGCCUCUGGCAAAGGGUUCUGGUCAGAGAUGCUGGGAGUGGGCGACUUCUACUACGAGCUCGGCGUCCAGAUCAUCGAGGUCUGCUUGGCACUCAAACACCGCAACGGAGGGCUCAUCACGCUGGACGAACUCCACCUCAGGGUGCUGAAAGGACGCGGCAAAUACGCACAGGACGUGAGCCAGGACGACCUGGUGAGGGCCAUCAAGAAACUCAAGGUCAUGGGCAGCGGCUUCGGGAUGAUUCCGGUCGGCGGCUCCUACCUGGUGCAGUCGGUGCCGGCGGAACUCAACAUGGACCACACGGUGGUUCUGCAACUGGCCGAGAAAAAAGGCUACGUGACCGUCGGCGAGAUCAAGAGCAACCUCAAGUGGGAGAAGGAGCGAGCGUGUCACGUCCUGGACCACCUGCUGAAGGAGGGCCUGGCCUGGUUGGACUCUCAGGCGUCGGGCGAGCCUCAGUACUGGUUGCCUGCUCUCUUCACCGAGCUCACCUCCCGUGAUGUCACACCCGAUGAGGCCAAUCAGAUGAGCCCGUGAUCACGCUCGCUGUACAGAACAUGUAAAUGAGCGACAACUUUUGAAAGAAGAAGGUUUAUUUUUAUUUUUAUGUCAAUAGAUAAAUUAUCCAAAAUAGAAAUAUGUCGUGAUUUCAUUAAGACCCUUUGAAUAAACAAUCCCUGGUGUUCUGGAGAUUCCCGUUCCACUGCAAA